GUUCUCUGGGCUCGGACCUAGUUGGUGGCGGUAUGGCUAAACGCACCAAGAAGGUCAGCAUCGUUGGUAAAUACAAGACUCGGUAUGGUGCCUCCCUCUGGAAAAUGGUGAAGAAAAUUGAAAUCAGCCAGCACCCCACGUACACCUGCUCCUUCUGUGGCAAAGUCAAGAUGAAGAGACGGGCUGUGGGGAUCUGGCACCGUGGCUCCUGCAUGAAAACGGUAGCUGGUGGUGCCUGGACCUACACCACCACCUCGGCUGUCACAGUGAAGUCCGCCAUCAGAAGACUGAAGGAAUUGAAAGACCAGUAG